GGUUUCAGUUAUUGUACUCUGCUUGAAACGGCUGGUUGUUGCUGCUUCUGUCUGUUGCUUCCAUUGUGGAAACUAUUUUCAAAAAGAAAAAGAAAAAACAAUCCUAAUCUAAACAACAACAAGAGUCUGAUUUUGGAUGGAUGUAAAGAUGAAAACAGAAACCAAACAAGCGCCGCAGGUUGUGUGGGAUGAAGAGAACACAGUGAAACUGAUCAAGGCGUAUGAGGCACAGAAUGUGCUAUGGAAUCCAGAAAAUCGCGGCUUCAUGCAUCGCAAUGCCAGAUACGAUGCAUGGAAGGCGAUGGCGAACGUGAUGCAAACGAGCGUGGAGGAUGUUAAGAGAAAAAUGAAUUCCUUAAUUGCCGUUUUUAGAUCGCAGUAUCGCAAGGGUGUUGCCAAUCCCCGUUGGUGGGCCAGUCACAUGUCCUUUCUGCUCAAUCCAGGCAAGGCCGACAAAAAAGACUGCCAGCCAAAGUUGGACUUAAAAUCCAGCACUUGCGACAAUUCCGAAAAUAGCGAUAAUUCGCUAUCGAACGAUCUCGACGGCAGCGAUAGAGAGUUCAUUCUGACCGAGCCAAACAAACGACCCUACCAAUCGGCAUUCCAAGAGUUUUGCGCCGAAUUCGAGCCACCGAAACGUCUGAUCAUCGUCGAGGAGGGCGCCCGCAUCGGCCAUGCGAUCCAACUGAACACGAAUCCGCCAACGAAUUUGAAUUCGCAAGCGAAUCUGAAUCCGCCAUCGAAUUUGAAUUCGCAAGCGAAUCUGAAUUCGCAAGCGAAUCUGAAUCCGCCAUCGAAUUUGAAUUCGCAAGCGUAUCUGAAUCCGCCAUCGAAUUUGAAUCCGCAUAACGAUGAUCGACAGCCGUGCGGCGCCGAGAGCCCAACGCGGCCCGAUCCCAAUUCGGAUGACGAUGAUAUCAAGUUAUAUGCCAAGUAUCUGGAGUGUAAGCUGAAGAAGUAUUCGUUGCAUACGCGCAAUGCGAUUCAGUUCGAGUUCAAUCGCAUUCUCUACGAGGCCGAUUUGGGUCUGCACGAUAAGACAAACGCCUCCAGCCACGCCCCCAACAACACCAACAACAUUAGCUUUUCAUAAGUGAGGCUCGAAUUUGUGAUUUUGUCGAGAGUUUUCCGCUCUUUUUUUCGUUUGGUAUUUUAAACAAUUUAAUUGAAUGUUAGCAUAUAUAUUCUAUGACUUGCAGAUCGGCAAAUAUAUUAACUAUAUAAACUUACCGAAACACAGA